UCAGGACCCAGACUCAGAAAGAGCACCAUCAGGAGGAAGGGAAGAAAGAAGGGAGAGAGAAAGAAAGAGGAAAAGAAAGAGAAGGAGGAGGAGGAGGAAAGGAGCAGCAGUAAGAGAAGGAGGAGGAAGCCCACCAGAAAGAAAGAAAGGCUCCCCCAGUUUCCUUGGGAAAAGCCCCUUCAAGCCCCCCCCCCCAAGGAUCCCCCCAGGAGAGACGGCGCCCAGGAAGAAGAGAAGGAGGAAGAGAAGAAAGAGGACGAGAAAGGAGAGAUCGCAGCCAUGGAGGCCGGAGGAGGAGGAGGCAAGCAGAUGACGGCUCGGCUGAUGCUAGCGGUUGGAGGAGCAGUAAUAGGUUCGUUGCAGUUUGGCUACAACACUGGAGUCAUCAACGCCCCGCAGAAAGUGAUAGAAGAGUUUUACAAUGAAACGUGGUACAACCGCUAUGGGGAGUAUAUCAGCCGUGGGACCCUGACCACGUUGUGGUCCCUCUCCGUGUCCAUCUUCUCUGUUGGUGGGAUGAUCGGGUCCUUUUCGGUCGGGCUGUUUGUCAACCGCUUUGGACGGCGGAACUCCAUGCUCAUGUCCAACAGCUUGGCCUUCCUUGCUGCCAUCCUUAUGGGCUUCUCCAAAAUGGGCAGCUCUUUCGAGAUGCUGAUCCUCGGACGCUUCAUCAUCGGGGCGUAUUCCGGCCUCACCACAGGUUUCGUGCCCAUGUAUGUUGGCGAAGUCUCACCAACGGCCCUUCGGGGAGCCCUGGGGACGCUCCAUCAGCUUGGCAUUGUUGUGGGCAUCCUCAUAGCACAGGUUUUCGGCAUGGAUUUGCUUAUGGGGAACAAGAACCUUUGGCCACUCUUGCUGGGCUUUGUUUUCAUCUUUGCCUUGAUCCAAUGUGUUCUGCUGCCUUUUGCGCCAGAGAGCCCCCGCUUCCUCCUCAUUAACCGUAAUGAAGAGAACAAAGCCAAGAGCGUUCUGAAGAAGCUCCGAGGGACGACAGACGUCAGCAGUGACCUCCAGGAGAUGAAGGAGGAAAGCCGGCAAAUGAUGCGGGAGAAGAAAGUGACCAUCCCAGAGCUCUUCCGCUCACCCAUGUACCGCCAGCCCAUCCUCAUUGCCGUGGUCCUACAACUCUCCCAGCAGCUUUCAGGGAUCAAUGCAGUAUUCUACUAUUCAACCAGCAUCUUUGAAAAAUCUGGGGUCCAGCAGCCAGUCUAUGCCACCAUUGGGUCUGGGGUUGUCAAUACAGCCUUCACAGUUGUCUCGCUGUUUGUGGUGGAGAGGGCAGGACGAAGGACUCUUCACCUCGUUGGGCUGGCUGGCAUGGCCGGCUGUGCCGUCCUGAUGACCAUCGCCUUGGCGCUUCUGGACCAAAUGGCUUGGAUGUCCUACAUCAGCAUCAUUGCCAUCUUUGGCUUCGUGGCAUUCUUUGAGGUUGGCCCAGGGCCCAUCCCGUGGUUCAUCGUGGCGGAGCUCUUCAGUCAAGGCCCACGUCCGGCUGCCUUUGCUGUGGCUGGCCUCUCUAACUGGACGUCGAAUUUCAUCGUAGGGAUGGGAUUCCAGUACAUUGAGGAACUCUGUGGUGCCUACGUCUUCAUCAUCUUCAUGGUGCUGCUAAUCCUCUUCUUCAUCUUCACGUACUUCAAGGUGCCCGAAACGAAGGGCCGAACCUUCGACGAAAUCGCCUCCGGCUUCCGCCAGGGGGGCGCCGGGCAAAGCGACAACAAGACACCGGACGAGUUCCACAGCCUGGGCGCUGACUCCCAGGUGUAAGCUGCAAAAAGACUGGUGGGGGCUUCUCCUUUGCUUCCCUUUUUCCUGCCUGUUCAUGACGCUUGUUUGCAGACGCCGGGUCCAAGGUGAAGUAGGUAUGUCCCGGUGCCAUUUCUGGGCCCCGCCCGCCUGGUGACGAACGUGACGCCCGCCUUGCUAGGAACGGUUAGCCGGUUUCAAGUCCAGGAUUUCAAUACUGACGAGAUUCAAAAGCAAUGGCUACAUUCGGGCCAAGUCUCCUCUUUUGGGGUGACCGAACAGCUUCCUCCCUUCCAUUGCGCACAUCCCAUGUUUGCAAGACUGGAAGCAAACCAUUUUAAAAACACAGGGCUAGAAAGAAAUUGAUUUUAGAAGAUCAACUUCUUCUAAAGGCCAUUUUUAAAAAAAGGUUAAGUUAACAGAGAUGGCUUUGACUUUCAGGUCAAGCUUCACCAGCAUUUUUAAACAAACUGAUUGGCUUUUUAUGAAAACGGCGAUGGGGUCCACACCAGAGCCUUCCCCAAGAUCUCCACCAUCUUGACUGCGUUGCAAAACUGAGGUCUGAGCCCACUUUGGGCAAAAUGGCUGCUUCUCUCAUCCCUACCCUGAAGUUUUUUAAUAGGUCAAUAGAGAUCAAGACGUUUGACACAUUAAAAUGACGCAUUAGAAGUAUCGAUGCUACAUGCAAUGUGCCACUUUUGAGGUCAGAACAAUUUUAUCAUUCAUCAUUAAUUUUGAAAAGUGACAGUGGCGACAGAGUUACUCUAGAGAUAAGGCAUUGCAAGCAGAGUUAAUCCUGCAGAAUCAACUCAUUGCUUCCAACGUUGGUUUGGAGGGUGUCCUUAUGGGGAAUUUGGAGCCAUUUUUAUGUGUAUAGGUGUUUCUUAAAAACAAAAAUUAACUCAUCAGCAAUGAAAUUGAACCACUUUUAGUAACAAGUAACGCUCAGUUACUUUCUAAAGGAAAAAGAAAGCCCUAAAGAGCAAUGGAUUAUUUGUAUAAAAAGUAAUAUCCCUUGCUCUGUUUUCAGGGGGUUCACUUGCCAAAAUCCUUCAGCACCCCAAAAUCCGUGUCACGUAAACUGGGGGGAGAUUGAAAGUGGGGCAUUAAUGGAGCAAAGUCAGUUUCAGAAGGAAAGAAAAAUAUUCUGCAUUGAUUUGAGUUGCCUCUUGGCAAGAUUUGCAAUCUGUAUCAUGCUCUAAAGCAGGAAUAGGAAAAUCCAUGGCCCACUAGUUGAGAUCCGUCUGCAACUCAUAGCAUCCCUCGCUAUUGGCCACGUUGGUGAGGGUUGAUGGGAAUUAGAGUCGGAUGACACAGGUUGCGGAGGAUAUUCCGUUUUGUUAAGGGAUGGAUUCAACGCCCCUCAGAUAUGGAAUCUUGUGCCAUGUUGUCUAUGGCUUCUAAAUGGUUUAAAGAAGAUUUGGGUCACCUCUGGCCAGAUUUCCAAAGUCUUUUGGAAGUUCAGAGCCCUGCCCAGAAAGAUUUGUGGUUCUGCAGGAAUGUGCUGGAAAGAGAAGGUGCAGAAAGAGCAAGGAGAGAAAAAGAAGGGUUUCUCCCCCUCCAUUUUGGCUCUGUUCCUGCCCACCGCUCAUUUGCAUUGAGCAAAUGAACCCUGGAGGGAAUGAAUGAGAGAAGACAAGUCCCCCAUCCCAAGAAUGAGUCUGCUAUCCGCCUUCUGUCUUCAGAAAAGCAAACACAACCCAAGGUUCUGUGUGUAGGUCUCACCGCUCUUCCUCCUCCCAAGGGGUCAGAUCAAAAGGUCCACCAGCCUCUGGUUUCUAACAGGUUUGCACCUGGAGGCAGAGUGCCUCUGAAACUGGAGGUUCCUGUUAGGUUAGCUUUGGACAGCCUUUUCUUCACCUUCCUUCCAAGCCAUCAAAAUGAGUGGCCAUUUCUACCCCUUUGUGGCAGCCAAUGCCACAUGGGUAGAAAGCUUCUCGGGGGGAAGAAGGAUGUUAGAACCUUAGGGACUCCUAGGGUCAUGCAACCCACAGAAUCCUAGAGUUGUAAGAGACCUCAAGGGCCAUCCACUCCCACCCCAUCCUUCCAUGCAGGAACUCACAAAUUGCCCCCGACAGAAGGCCAUCCAGACUCUGCUUAAAAACCUCCAAAGGAGGAGACUCCAUUGGAGACCAUGGCAGCGUCUUCCACUGUUGAACAGCCCUUACUGUCAGGACGUUCCUCCUAAGGUUUAGGUGGAAUCUCUUCUCCUAUCCAGACCCUCCUAACGCUGAACUGAAACCAUUUUGACAGGUGGCCAUCCAACCUCUAUUUCAAAACUUCCAAUGAAGGAGAAUCCACAGCCUUCAGAGAAUUUCCUUCUUUAGCAGAGGCUCUACUGGUAAAAGAAGGGAAGUCUUCCCUCAUGUUGUGCUGGAAUCUCCUUCUCUACUGGUUUGGUUCUUACCCUUUGGAGCAGCCACCACAACAAAUCCAAGCCAUCUUCCAUCCCUCCCUGCCUUUCCGAUAUUCGAAAGGCGAGCCCCAGAGAACAACGCGGCCCGAGCCGCACAUAUCGCGUGCCUCUCCCCCCAGAGUGUCCUUUCCUCCCUUCCUUCUCCCCAAAGGACCCAUAAAAGACACAGUUCUAUUGUGCCAAUCCCAGUGGGCCUUUGGCAUCCUCUCCCCAUUGCCCUCGACAAACCUUUGGACUCACUGAACCAAAAAAAGAAAGAAAGAUUUUAACAUUUUAAAAACAAAUCAGUGAAAAUGGCUGCACACAUUUCCUGCUUACUGUGUAUAGACUGGAAAAAAAUAUUUAUAUUAUAUAUAUAUUGUAUUUUGUUGUUGUUGUUGUUGUUCAAACAUGUUAAUAGUACACUAAGUUAUAGUGUGGUUUCAGACGGACAAGCAAUUUAACUGUAAAUAUUUCUUGAAUUCGACCCACACUGUAUGAUAAAACAGAUCUAGUUUCUGUAGCAACUGUAAUGCAAAACUUGUAUAUGACUAUAAUGACAUAUAUUUUUGUUUUUGUAUAGAUAAACUCACCUGCACUGUAGUUGCAUCUGUUGCACUGACAUUUUAGAAUUUCCUUGGUAUAUUCAACUCAAUUCACCCUUGACCUUAAAAGAACCCCUGGCUCCCUGAAAAAGAUUAAGGUUUUUUGGUAGAAGCUCUUGGGCAGGUUUGCAAAAAAAGGAGAAAAAAUGCACAGCUAUUUAAUAGUCUAUUUUUUAUUUAUUUGUCUGUUUUUAAAGUGAAGACACAGCCACACUUGAAAAAAAGACAAUGAUGUUUUUAGGAAUUUUAAAACAAAAAAGCUGUGGACUUUGUAUUUGCUGUGUAUGGUGUGAUGUCAGACUGGACUCCUUUCUGAAGUGCCAACAAGAAAAGAAAACACAUACAGAAAGGAGGCGCUUGUAUGGAGAGAAUAAAUGAAAUGAGCGGUUGAGAAUCCUG